CAUCUGCUUGUACAACUGUUUCUAAUUACUUCCCUGCCUAGACUCUCCACUCAGGGGUUUGGCAUGCGCACCCUGCCCAGAGCAGCGCUGCUGCCCAAAUCCUCGCAGGCAGUUCAUCAACGCACUUGCAGCUUGGGUCGAGCCCCGGACCUGCAAGCCUAGUGUCGGUGGCUAAGUCUGCCCGACCAUCUGCUGGCGGCCCGGGUCCCUCCUGCCGCUCCCCUGCGAGCCCCACCUUGCAGAGGGCCGCUGGCCCCACACAGCCCGCGGCUCAGCAUGCGUCCCGGGGGCUGCAGGAACUUCUUGCUGCUGGCGUCAUCGCUUCUCUUCGCUGGGCUGUCAGCUGUUCCUCCAAGCUUCUCGCCAUCUCUGAGGAGCUGGUCUGGAGCCGCCUGCAGGCUGUCCCGGGCGGAGUCCGAGCGCCGGUGCCGCGCGCCCGGGCAGCCCCCAGGGGGCGCUCUGUGCCACGGCCGGGGCCGGUGCGACUGUGGCGUCUGCAUCUGUCACGUGGCCGAACCGGGCAUGUACUUCGGGCCCCUGUGUGAGUGCCACGAGUGGGUGUGCGAGACCUACGACGGAAACACCUGUGCAGGCCAUGGGAAGUGUGACUGUGGCAAGUGCAAAUGUGACGAAGGAUGGUCUGGAAGCGCAUGCCAGUACCCCACUAGCUGUGACCUGACUAGGAAAAAAAGCAACCAAAUGUGCAAGAAUUCUCAAGAUGUCAUCUGCUCUAAUGCAGGUACAUGCCAUUGUGGCAGGUGUAAGUGUGAUAAUUCAGAUGGAAAUGGACUCAUUUAUGGUAAAUUUUGUGAAUGUGAUGACAGAGAGUGCAUAGAUGAUGAAACAGAAGAAAUAUGUGGUGGCCAUGGGAAGUGUUACUGUGGAAACUGUUACUGCGAGGCUGGUUGGCAUGGAGAUAAAUGCGAAUUCCAGUGCGACAUCACCCCCUGGGAAAGCAAGCGAAGAUGCACAUCUCCAGAUGGCAAAAUCUGCAGUAACAGAGGGACUUGUGUGUGUGGUGACUGUUCCUGCCAUGAUGUUGACCCCACCGGGGACUGGGGAGAUAUUCAUGGGGACACUUGUGAGUGUGAUGAAAGAGACUGUAGAGCUGUCUAUGACCGAUAUUCUGAUGACUUCUGUUCAGGUCACGGGCAGUGUAAUUGUGGAAGGUGUGACUGCAAAGUAGGCUGGCACGGGAAAAAAUGUGAGCUCCCUCAUUCCUGUCCGCUGUCGGCAGAGGAGAGCAUCAGAAAGUGCCAGGGAAGUGCUGACCUGCCUUGCUCUGGAAGGGGUAAAUGUGAAUGUGGCAAAUGCACUUGCUACCCUCCGGGAGAUCGCAGGGUGUACGGCAAGAUGUGCGAGUGUGACAACCGCCGCUGCGAGGACCUCGAGGGUGUGGUCUGCGGAGGCCAUGGCACGUGUUCCUGUGGUCGCUGUGUUUGUGAGAGAGGAUGGUUUGGAAAGCUCUGCCAACACCCGCGGAAGUGUAACAUGACGGAAGAACAAAGCAAGAGCCUGUGUGAGUCAGCAGAUGGCAUACUGUGCUCAGGCAAGGGUUCUUGUCACUGCGGAAAGUGCAUUUGUUCUGCUGAAGAAUGGUACAUUUCAGGGGAAUUCUGUGACUGUGAUGACAGAGACUGCGACAAACAUGAUGGUCUCAUUUGUACAGGGAAUGGAAUAUGUAGCUGUGGAAACUGUGAAUGCUGGGAUGGAUGGAAUGGAAACGCAUGUGAAAUCUGGCUUGGCACAGACUAUCCUUGACAGUUACAUGGGAAACGACUCGAUUCUUAUUUUUCUAGGCCUUUAGAACAUAUAAAUACAAAGGAGACCAUGUAUACUCACCACUAGCACAGGUUAAACAGACUAUUGCAUGUUUUUGUAUUUCUGAAUGCCCGAAGGAAAUCUGGUUCCCCACUAGAAAUACGUAAACUCUGAUGUAACAUUAGAAAGGAUUUUUCCUCCAUGAUUAACAUUGGUGCCCUCAAUGAAGACAAGUUGCCACCCAGAAGACAUUGGGCGACAUCCAAAGACAGUUUUGAUUGUCACACUAGGUGGGGUGGGAGGGCAUGCUAUGGGAUGUCUAGCGGGUAGAGCCCAGGGAUGCUGCUAAGUAUCAGUGCACAGGACAGCCCCACAAUAAAGAAUUCGCUGAUACCGGACAUCUAUGGCACCAGACUUGAGAGAUGCUGAGUUACCUGGGUAUUAGAAAUCCAUGUCCUUAUCUGAGGAGCACCAUAUUAGAAUCUAAGGGACAGCUAUUCUUCAGAAGGCUAUCAGGUUCCAUAUCACUCAGCAUUUUCACAUGGGGACAAUGAAGACAGACACACAUGAGGUGGAAUGUCAAGUGGUAGAGGGGGAACAUCGCUGAUCAUGAGUGCUUUAGAAGGAAAAAGAUGGUUCAUUUUCCAUUUCUAAUCUCACUUUAAACUCACAUGAGAAGAUUCUCUUAAGAUAAAGGAAGAAAUUAUGAAAAAUGUACACCUUCACACUUUUAAUAAAUAGACAUGUAGUUUAUGCUUUGUGUCAGUAUAUAUUUACCUCUUGAUAAUUAACAAAGGAAAAAUUGAAUCGUUAUCCAGGGAUGUUGAUUUUAUGUUCCUAGAACUGACAGGUCAUGUGUUUUAAAACUGGGUGGGGAUUAUGUGUACAAGAAAUCUGUAGUUUAUAAUAGCACAUCUUUUCUUUCUAUGUAAAUUCCUCUGUGGUAAUGUGGCCUUUUAUAAGGGCGAAAUCUAGUUAGAUACAUGGUGGGCAUGAAAUAUGCAUUUAUUUCUCUUGGAAGAUUCUCUUCUGUCUAAGGACACGUUACUCACUAGAAAAUCAGGGCCAUGCAGAGCCCAGGAGAGAUACUGUGAUAAAAUGACACCAAUCUUACAAAGGUCAGAAAAGGACCAAAAAAAAAAAA